AUGGAUAAAACUGCCUCUACACAAACUUCUAUAAUAUCUGAACCAUUAUCAAUAAUACAACCUUCAAACGGCAUAAUUACUUUACAACAACAACAACCUUACGUUCAUUCUUGGACAUUAAGAGGUUUCCAUGAGUUAGUUAGACUCAUGUCUUUUAAUAGUUACCUGUAUAGUGACAGGUUUAGAUCUCCAAGAGGUUUAUUCGACGCAAAUUUACUAUGUCCCCCUGGAACUUGGACAAAUGACUUUUCUUUAUGUUCUGCUCAACCUCAUUUACCACCUCACUUACAAUCUCACUUACAAUCUCACUUACAACCUCCUUUACCACCUCAUUUACAACCUCCUCCUUUACAACCUCACAUUCACCCUCAGGUAACAAAUCCUACUUGUCCAUUUAAUCAAGUAAAUCGUAAGCAAAAGAAUAACUUUCCUCUUUCAAACGACGAUUCUGCUUAUCUAUGGCGUAUGAGAAUUUAUCCUAAUGGUUCUACUAAAAAAUCUUGUGCUGGUCACAUUUCAAUUUAUCUGGAGGCAAUUCAAACUCUUUUCGAAAAACAAAACUUUUUUUUUAAACGAAGUGUUCAAUUCAAAUUUUUACUUUAUCGUUUAAUAAAAUCUUGUCAAUCAACUUCUUUAACUUCAAAUAGAUCUGAUCAUUGUCAUAGUUCUUCUACUUUUUCAAGAAAUAAUUCUUUAUUUCAAGAUUCUUCAAAAGAACGUCCUGAAUUAAUUUAUGAAGGUUCUUUACAAAAAUGGGAUUUCGAAUUUCAUGGUAUAAAUUCUACUUAUGGUUUCCCUACUUUAGGAACUUUUCAUGAUUUAUUUCCUUUUGAUGAUAUAAACAUUAAUGAAGUUGAUUUAGUUGUUCGUAUGAUGAUCCCAUGUGAUACUAGAUGUGAUACUAGAUGUGAUACUAGAUAUGAUACUAGAAUUGAUCCUAGAAAUGAUCCUAGAAGUGAUACUAGAAAUGAUACUAAAAUUGAUACUAGAAUUGAUACUAGAAUUGAUACUAGAAUUGACCUUAGAAAUAAUUUACUUAAAUCUUCUAAAAUUAUUCGUACUAUAAAAGCUCACAGGAUAAUUCUAGUUCAACGUUCGGAAUAUUUUGAAAAAUUCUUGGGUGGUGUUUGGAAAGAAGGUAGUUUAAAAACAAUUCCAAUAAAACAUAUUCCUUUCGAUACUUUUCGUACCAUACUUUAUUAUUUAUAUACUCUUAAAUUAGAUGAUAAUUUAGAUUUUUCAAUUCUUAAAGAUGUUUAUAUUAAUGCUGAUAUGAUGAGAUUGGAACAACUUUGUCAAUUGGUUGCUGAUAAAAUUAUUCGUACUGUGGAUUAUGAUAAUUGGGAUCAAGUUUUGGAAUUAGGUUGGAAAUCAAAUAGUUUUGGUAGUAAAUUCUUAUUAAAAAACUCUGCUUAUGAUUUUAUUCAUAGUCAUUGGUCGGAUAUUAAGGGUACUGAGAAUAUGAUUUGUUUACUUCGUUCAGCUAGCGUUGAUUGUAUUGAAGAAUUAAUGGAAGCUAAAAUGUUUGGUCCUCCUAAAUAA